AUGGCUCAAAUAACCAAAGAAAACAAAACCGCUGAAGAAAAAUUUAAAGAGCGUAAACAUUUCUCUUUAGUAAGAAAUUUUCACUUGGCCGAUUUUAUCACAUUAGGCAAUGGAGCGUGCGGGUCCCUAUCCAUAUUUUCAAACAUGCAAUAUUUAAUAACACAUGAUGAAACAUGGUUAUGGUGGAGCAUGUAUUUUUUACCAAUAGGAACACUUUUUGAUGUUCUAGAUGGGAGGGUUGCUAGAUGGCGAAAGAAUGCCAGCUUAUUAGGUCAAGAAUUAGAUUCUUUGGCAGAUCUGAUAUCUUUUGGAGUUGCGCCGGCUGUUUGUGCAUUUGCAGUUGGGAUGAGGACAUUUGUCGAUACGAUUGUAUUGGCAAUCUUUAUUUCAUGCGGUAUUGCUCGUCUAGCACGAUAUAAUGCAACAGUAGCAUCAAUACCAAAAGACGCUUCAGGAAAGAUUAAUUAUUUUGAAGGGACUCCAAUUCCGACUAGCUUGUUCUUGGUGGCCACGAUUGCGUAUCUAACGAAAAUAGGAAAGAUUAAUGAAAAACUUCCGGGAGGAACGAUGGAAUUGUUUCAUGGGUUAAAUUUUCAUCCAUUUGUGUUAAUUUAUGCACUUUCCGGAACAGCGAUG